AUGGCCCUCGAGAAGGAAUCCCUCUCAUCUACCCCUCCUGCCACCCACAACGAGCAUGGCAUAUUCCACCAUCCCCAUGAAUACCGCCAUACCACCGUCGACGGCCAGCCGGCCUACGCGGAACAUGGUCCUCUCGUCGACCACAAAGUCCCUCAGGAGGAUGUCGUCCAGUCCGAACCUGACCUAGUGUGGAGCCGGAUUCGCCACUGGAUGCGCGAACCGCUGUCCGAGUUCUUUGGCGUCUUUAUCCUGAUUCUCUUUGGCGACGGCGUCGUGGCUCAAGUCGUACUCAGUGGCGGGACCAAGGGUGACUACCAGUCGAUCUCCUGGGGCUGGGGGUUGGGUGUCAUGUUGGGAGUGUAUACCGCGGGCAUCUCAGGAGCACAUUUAAAUCCCGCCGUCACAUUUGCAAACUGCGUAUUUCGCAAGUUUCCCUGGCGAAAGUUUCCCAUCUACAUGGUUGCCCAGACGUUAGGAGCCCUAUGUGCCUCGGGCGUGGUCUACGCCAAUUACAAAUCGGCUAUCGACGUCUUCGAAGGUGGCCCCAAUAUUCGAACCGUCCCGGGCUAUUCAGACACUGCAUCGGCGGGGAUCUUUUGCACUUACCCGGCGCCGUUCAUGACCAAGACCGGACAGUUCUUCUCCGAGUUCAUCGCCAGCGGCAUCCUCAUGUUCAUGAUCUACGCGCUUAAGGACGAUGGUAAUCUCGGGGCUGGGAAUCUGACGCCGCUGGGCCUGUUCUUUGUCAUCUUUGGGAUCGGCGCUUGCUUUGGCUGGGAAACGGGCUAUGCCAUCAAUCUAGCUCGAGACUUUGGCCCGAGAUUGAUGUCAUACAUGCUUGGGUACGGUCCAGAAGUGUGGCGAGCCGGCGAUUAUUACUUCUGGGUACCGAUGGUCUCGCCUUUCUUCGGAUGCACAUUCGGUGGCUGGCUAUACGACAUGUUUCUGUUCACCGGCGAAUCUCCCAUCAACACGCCGGUUGUGGGAUUGGCUAGAUUUCUCAAGCCGAAUCGGGCGACAUGGUCCAACACCUAUGUCCCGCAAGAGGGUUCGAAGGUCUAG